GGUCGGCGGUGGCCGCGGGGCGGGCGGCAGCGGGGUAUAGCGCUGGCUAUAGUUCGCCGCCAUGCCCAAGUACUACGAGGAUAAGGAGGAGGACGGACGCGCCUGCAGCGGCGUGAGGGAGGACCUGCGGCAGUGCCUGAUGGAGAGCCCCUGCGUCCUGCAGGAAAACAAAAGCCCUAAACAAUGCUUGAGGGAAGGACACUGUAGGAGUUUGCAAGUGACAUUCUUUGCAUGCAAAAGAUCAAUGUUGGAUACCAGGGCAAGAUUCAGAGGAAGGAAGGGAUACUGAAAUCCUCAUCAAGAGACCUAGCCAUGGGAAUUUGAGGUUCAUCAGAACUCUACACAAAACAGAGACUAAAGUAAGAAGAUGAUACUUGCUGCAUCCUUUCGUGUAGUGUUUUCAUGGAAGGCAUCUACUCCUGAGUAUUCUGACAGAUUGACCUGAAUGUGUGUUUAAAUGUUGAAAAAGAAGGCAAGCAUAAAGCUGCAAAUUCUGGCCAAAAUGGGUACCUGUCAUGUACUUGCAAUAAAAAUGUGAAAUCCAGAACAAGCUGCAGAAGUUAUCAUUCUGUUUUGAAGUGAAGUUGUCUUUUGUGACUUUGCCGUAAAUUCUGAUAAUCUUUUACUAUUAGAAAUAAUACAAGGUAUGGAACUGGAAGUUCACUUGAUGUGUUGAGGAAGAGUUUCCUUAGUAGAUGAGUAUCUCAGAGGGUUUCUCAGAAUAGAGCUAUUUUGAGAGAUGAGGAGCUGACCAAGGUUGUAAAAUAUGUGUGCAAGCUGCUUCCUCUCCAGUAGAUUUGCUACCCAAUAAACCUGUAAUAGAU